AUGGCGGUUGUGCCCACCGCAUGCCCAGGAUUUCCACGGGCAUUGGACAUUUUGGACGAUCUGUGGUGGCAGUGGGACGAAUUACAGACCUACUUGGCACGUCUUGAAGAUGAACUCCACGACUAUUGGCAUGGUCGUGGCCGGACCAAAGAUGGCCGAAAGAAAGGCCGUGAGGAUUUCGACCGCAUGACGCAGCCUUUCUUGGAUGAGAAGGGCAUUGAUUCCUCGAUGGCUUCGUGGGGACCCAUGGUGUGUUCGAAUGCCCUCCGCACUCUAUGCCGGAGGUGGUUUGAGGAAGUUCAGAUGUCGAACGGCGUGUGCCACGGCUUUUGCGAGGGCUUUCUUGGAUGGUGCUUGUCAGAAUGGGAGGAAUUCUGGGAUCCUCGAUUCGAUGAUUUGCUAGAACUCCUUUUCCUCUUCCUGGCAAAGUUCGACAUGGUGGUGAAGCACCCAUGGGCUUGUGCUUGGCAGAAGUGGCACAAUAUGGACUGCAUACUUGAGUUUCGAGCA